AUGGAGCCUGUGGCAAAAACUCUGUCAAUAUCCGAGGCUCCUGCAUUUGCCCUCGCUGUGCAACAACAGAAAGUUGGCCAUCAGACUUCCUCGAUGUAUAGGUUUGCCCUGCUGGAGGAGACGUUCGAUGUUGCAUCAAAAAGAAAGGCCGCCAAACCAUCCAAGGAUGAUGCUCCCAAGUCUAAACUUCAUAAGGUUAAGACUCCUGGCGAGUCACCGGGAAAGACAACCGUUGGCCAAAAGAUCCUUGCAGUCGCUACGAAAGUCAAAGGGACAAAGUACGUUUGGGGCGGAGGCUCAUGCAAGGUUCCUCCCGGUGGAGGUUAUGAUUGCUCUGGUCUAGUCGCCUAUGCCGUAUGCAAAGUUACCAAAAGGAACCAUUUCAAAGAAGGUCUCCGGGUGACAUAUUCCAUGUACUGUGCACCAAGCAGCCUGGGCAAAUUCAAUGAUUCCAGGGAUCGCAUGCUGCAUGCGCCAAACCCAAGUACUGUAGUCAAGGAAGGGUAG